AUGCCUGCCUUGGGUGCUAUUACCUUUCCUCUGUGGUCCAAACGAGACAACAAGGUGGCCCUUUCCUCCAACCUGAGAAGCUAUCUGCUUCAAUUAUCCCAGGGAGAGUGUACCCGUGGUAGAAUGAUGUACUCCUGCAUUCGGCUUCAGACGGCAAUAGAAGCAGCAUACAAAGGCACCGAGAAGUCUGAUCUUUUCUGGCUAGCAGAUCAUCAGCUUACGUCAGACUUCUCCCUGAAUAUUCCUUCAGUUAAUGUUGCACAUCUUACUCUUUCCUUGAUGGAGGAAGCAAGUAUAUAUCGUCUGGACGCAAUGCUUUUGGAGUUUGACGUUGCCAAAUUUCAUUCCAUCAUGAGCAAAGGAAGAGCCUUCCUGGACUAUUUCAUAUCCGUCCCUACAUCGAAUUUUGCCCACUUCUCAUUUGCUGAAUGGGACCGUCUAAUUGCAGUGAUUCGUGUUACCACAGAGAUUCUUUCAGCUGCAGCUGGUCUGCCGGGCAUCAUUGCAGCGGUUGGAGAAGAAUCUCGGACCCUAACCAGAUACCUUGAAUGCUUGGCGAAUCGUAUGGAAAAACUUUCGCAGUCUGGCCGGAACCCCGGAGAAUUCCCUGAUAUGUUUUAUCUGUUCAAGUCUGUCUUAGAUUUACUAUGCCCUCUUCCUCUCGCCGCAACUUACGACCAAGGCCUACCUCCAGCUGUGAAUUCUGAACCGCAGCCCGGAAUGAAGCGAUGUCCGGUUCUGUCUGGUAUUCAAGGGACAGAGUUCUGGGAUGCAUAUCAAACCUCUGUUCCUGCUGAUGACAUAGAGAUCAAUCUUGAUAUGUUGUUCACUAAUGAGUUUCUAUCAGAACUACCGUCUGAGCAAUGGAUGGACACUUCCAGGAAUAUCAGCUAUACUUGA